GUGAGUGGGUGGUGAGUGCGCGCGGCGUGUGCUACGGGAGCGAGCGCGUCGACUGCGGGCCCAGCGCCCUUUUGGCGCCAGUGGCUCCCGGCGCCCGUGGCUCCCAGCGUCCGGCUGUGCGCAGCCUGGAGGCCUGAGGGCUGCGAGCGUGCUGUGUUCGGGACCCAACGCUGGACGCAGGGCGGGCCGCUCGGGUGGCCCGCGGGGAAGGAAUAGGGACCCUGGGAGCCCCAGGAACAAAGGAGCUUGCACCCACUCUGGGCUCUUCGCCAGCGUGCCCUGUGUGCUGCACGAGGGAAAGACUGGGAGCAGAGCAAGAGGCAGAAAGCUUACCUGGUGGUGCGGACCUGGAGGAGGAGGGGGCUGCUGCUCAGUGGUUUUCGAACGUUGGACCAACUUUGUAUUGCCAAGAUGGCGUCUGAGGCAGAUUGCCGUCCCCUGGGUGUGUUUGAGUGCCAGCUCUGUGCCUUGACAGCACCAUACAGCUAUGUGGGGCAGAAGCCGCCCAACACCCAGUCUGUUGUCCUCCUGGAGGAGAGCUACAUCAUGAAGGACCCCUUCACCUCGGAUAAGGGCCGGUUCCUGGUUCUUGGUGCGCGGUGCAGCGUGUGCAGCAAGCUGGUGUGUGUGGGCCCGGAAUGCAGCUUAUUCUACUCCAGGAGAUUCUGCCUCCCUUGUGUCCAGGAGAACAUUGGUGAUUUCCCUCAGGAAAUUCAGCGAGACAUGGCAACAAGGACAGCUGCCUCCAAGAGGCCCUCCAGCCAGCCCUGACUGUGGACCUGAGUACAGCUCCCUGCCCAGUAGGGAUGGUGCCCAGCUGGGAGCUGCAUGCCUGGGCUUUCCCUGCACCACUGCGAGCAGCACGUAUAGCCUGGAAGGCUGGGGGAACCGACUGAGAGGAGGCCCCAAGGCCAGACCACUCAGCUGGAGCUCCAGAGCUGCUCUCAGGGCAAAGACCUGGAGUAAGGGAGGGGAAGCCUCCUUCAAGUUCACAUCAGAAGAGCCCUAGCUGUUCUUGGUGGGCGGCGUGGCACAGGGCCAUCCUGUCUUCUGUGCCCGGUCUAGGAAAUCAGCUUCAGAGGCUGCCUCGGAAGCCAAUGGCAGGGCUGGAGGUGAGAGAAGUCUUUAAUUCACACCCUGCGUGAUGCCCAGAAAAUGUUUUAAAUCCUGACCUUGUAUUGUAUUUAUGACUAAGAACCCAAAGAACCAGCUAUGUUCGCAAAGUAAUCCUUCCACUGAGACACUGAAGACCCAGCAUUCCUACAGUCAUUGUGAGCCAGGCAAUGGGUGGGGACAUUCUUGCAGAUGCUCUGGGACAGACAGCAGGUAGGGACAUUUCCAUGGACCUCCUGGGCCAGGCCUGGAAGCUAGGAGUAGGUGUCCAGCGUUUUCAGCUACUCUGCCUGGUCCCAGAUCAGGCCCCAUUCCCUUCUCUGCAUCCCCAAGUCAGGAUGUGGGGUGGUGGAGGGGCUUCCUUCACUCACACUCCUUUGCCAUCUGAAAGUCACUUUUUGGUGCUGUGAAGCCCACCCUACAGCCUGCUGGGUGUUCCAUGAUACCCUGUCCCCUGGUCCCGGGUAGGCCACCAUGUGUUUGCUUAGAGUUGGCAGAGCUGGAGCUUUCUCUGUCUUCCUUUGUAGUCAUUUUGAGAUGUGACUGGAUAAAGAGCUUCUGACUGAUGCGUGCUUGGGGUUUUAUUUUA